GACUCACGCGCAUAGAGAGUCAGUGUUGAAAAAUUUUUAUGUUGCGGUCAAGAAGAGGAAGACUGGCAAAAAUAGAAAACAUACAAAAUAAAAGUAAUAUGUAAUUCUUAUCAAUUCGUAGAUUUGAAUAAAUUUUAUAAGCUGGACAAAUUCAAACACAUCAAAGGAGCCACGAGCAUCGAGGAAAUUGGCGCAAUGGAACCAUCAGCUUGUGAAGAUCUCAAGGCAUUCGAGCGGCGACUUACCGAGGUGGUUUCAUCGUACAGACCCUCCACGAUCCGGUGGCGCACAUAUUUUUCAGUUGUACUCUCCGUGAUGUCCGUAUGUACAGCCGUUAGCGCAUGGUACUGGUUACGGGAUCCACGAACGACAGUUGUGCCCCUAACCGAAUCCCUCUGGAUUCAUCCUAUAUUUACAGUCGCCACCAUUACGCUAACCGUUUCAGUUGUGCUGUUCAUAUUCGGAAUACAGAAGCUUGUGGUGGCGCCACAAAUCAUAACCUCGCGAACAAGGACGGUGCUAAACGACUUCAAUAUGAGCUGUGACGACACUGGGAAAUUGAUAUUAAAGCCACGCCAAAACAAUAAUUGCACAUGAGCCCGUUUUGUUAAAGAGAUAAAUUGUAAUUAGUUAAUGAAGCUUCCAUACCUUGCCCUCAUACACAUGUAGUUGCAAUUAUUAAUCAAUCAGAGACCUUUCGUAAAUUUUGCCAUCAAAAUUAUUGUCAAACGUUUGCUCCUAUGUAUGUGAGAUCAUUUCAAAGCUAAUCAUAAGUUUGCAACUUUUCUAAUACAUACUAUAUACCGCCGCCAAGUGUGCAGUUGCUUGAUGAGAAUUGCGUUCUUUGCUGCCAAACAAAAGUAUGAUUAAAAUAAAUGACGUUCAAAUUUGAA